GAAGGUAAAAUUUAGAGUUAUUCAACCACGCCAAACUUUUGCGAUACUUUAAAAGGCCAUAAAUCUUUACGACAAUAAACAUCGGACCAACCACAGUCUUGCCUUCACAUUCCUCGUCCGGUUACAGUAAAGAUUUUGGCACUUCGUAUCAUGGCUUCGGACCCUGGGAGCAGGCAUAUAGACAACGGUCCAGCAGAGAAUGGUGGUCCAGCAGAGAAUGGUGACGGUGAAUAUGAACAGAUAGAUGGGAGGAGAGUUAGAAGACUUACUGAGAAGGCUCUUGAUAUAUACCAUCAGAAAAUCGAUGAUUACGAACAUAGACUUGUAGCCACUUGGGACAGUGUAGAUGUGGCUCUUAAAGAGUAUGUUAACGCUCGUUCACUCAGUGAACUUAAACAAUAUCAGAGAAAUUUAUGCAUGCUAUACGGUGAAUAUCGAGUGUCCACAAGACACUAUUGUGACUAUUUAGAUAGUGUCCAUACUCCUGACAGUAUUAUGUUGUUAGAAACACAGAUUGUGACAGACAGGCAUCGUGACGAUAAAGUCAACACAGUUCUUAAGCAAACAGAUGGACAGAUUGAACAUUUCAAUGAAACGGCUUCAUUCUCGGUAAAAAGCAACAAUUCUAAAAGAAGUGAAAAAUCGGGGUCAAGUCAUAGAACAAAUUCUUCAAGAAGUUCCAACGUUUCACUAACUACUCAAGCGAAAGCUAAAGCGAGCGCAGCCUUAGCAAGAAAAUCAAUGAUAGAAAAGGAAACGGCCUUGCUCAAGAAAAGAGUGGACAUUGAAGGUGAAAUUAAAGCGUUAAAAGAGGAUGAAAUAGUGAAAGUCGCUGAAGCAGAACUUGAAGUAUAUGAACAAGAAACAAUUUGUGAUGAAUUGCUCAGCUCACAUCGAGACAUUCCUAAUGAGCUUCCAAAAAGUACAAAGAAAGAUAUAACAAGACAAUAUGUUGAAUCACUUGCUGAACAUCAAAGUGUGUCCCAACAUUCAGAGAAAUCCGUCACAAAUGAAUUAAAUGCAAAGGCCAAAGAGUUUGUGCCUCAAGUUUCAAAUAAAGAUGUCGCAUCAGAACUUUCGCGUUUCCUUCUGCGGAAAGAUUUGCUUUUCUCUCGACUUACCAAAUUUGAUGAUAAACCAGAAAACUACCCUGUCUGGAAGACCACAUUUCAGAGUGUCAUAGAAGAACUUGGUGUUGGUGUGAGAGAAGAACUAGAUUUGUUAGUCAAAUGGCUAGGUACCGAUUCAGUGAAAUAUGCUGUUAGUGCUCGAGCAUCUAGCUCUUCAUGCCCCGAAAGUGGUGUAAUAAAACUGUGGGACAGACUUGACGAAAGGUAUGGGGCACCUGAAAUCGUAGAAGCUUCACUAAGAAACAAGAUACAGAACUUUCCGAGGUUAGGUGUAAAAGACUCUAAGAAGCUCUUCGAACUUGUGGAUAUUUUGGACGAAAUUCAGAAUCACAUGAAAAAUCCAACAUACACAGAUUUGCUAUCAUAUAUGAACACUUCACGCGGCGUCAUACCGAUAGUGAACAAACUGCCACAUAAUUUGCAGGAAAGAUGGACUUCCAGAGCAGCAAAGUACAAGGCGAACCGAAAUGUUCCCUUUCCGCCCUUCUCAUACUUCGUCAACUAUGUACGUGAAAUAAGUAAAGUGCGAAAUGAUCCGGGAUUCAUGUACGAAAGUUACACCAAACCUGUCAACCCUCCGCAACAAAGAAACAAAAUGGCUGCAUAUAAGACAGAGGUAUAUUCAUCAACAGCUGAAAACAGAUCGCAGGGAGCGGCAGCCCAAGAGUCUACCCCUAUUCAAUGCCCAUUUCACCACGUGGAAGGUCACACCUUGAAUUCUUGUCGUACAUUUCAGGGAAAGCCAAUUGUGGUUAGAAGAAAGUUUAUACGCGACAAGAAUAUUUGUUUCAAGUGCUGUUUAGAGAGCUCUCAUCUUGCGCGGGACUGCAAGAAGAAGGUGCAGUGUAAUCGGUGCAAAGGUGCCCAUGCAACAGCCUUACAUUUUGACAUUGCUUCUGGUCAUGAUAAUACCCAUGCUGAAAAGACAGAGAUGCAUGGUGGGGAGAAAGCUCCUAAAAGAACAACGGAAAUACGCACUGCAUGUGCUCAGGUUUGCGGCCAAGACAGAAGCGGGCGCUCUUGCGCGAAGAUCGUCUGCGUGAAUGUACACAGAAAUGGUGAAGAGAACAGAAAGAAGAUGUAUGCUGUAAUAGACGACCAGAGUAACCGGUCAUUAGUAAGACCAGAAUUCUUUGACAUUUUCCCAGGGAGCUUUGAAGAGAUGGCUUACUCCUUAACUUCAUGUUCCGGUACUGUUAACACAAGUGGUCGCAGAGCUAGUGGCUUCAUAGUAGAAAACCUAGACGGAACGAGGUGGUUUGAGCUUCCACCACUUACAGAAUGCACUCAAAUUCCCGACAUUCGAGCUGAAAUACCAACACCUGAGGUAGCAAGAGCCUAUCCGCAUUUAGAAGAUUUGGCCGAAGAAAUCCCAGAACUUGAUGAUCAAGCGCCUAUUCUGAUGCUCAUUGGAAGAGAUUUAGCAGAAGCGCAUCACAUCCUUAAACAGAGACUUGGACCAAAUGGGUGCCCAUUCGCGCAAGAGCUCAGUUUCGGUUGGGUCAUCAUCGGUGAAACGUGCCUCGGGAAAGUGCAUGUUCCGAAAAUGGUGUGUGUAAACAAGACUUACAUUCGUGAACCAAACAGAGCAUCUAUAUUUCCUACAUGUGAAAAUAGUCUCUUGCUUAAAGACCGUCUAACAGAUCAAUCUUCAGACAUUCUGAAUGACAUUUUUGCCCGUACCCCUGAUGAUGACAGAUUAGGUCUUUCUGCCGAGGAUGAGGAGUUUCUCGAAAUCAUGACAAAAGACUUAAAGAAGUUGCCAGAGGGUUGGUCAGCCCCUCUUCCAUUCCGUAACCCGAGACAAAGACUUCCAAAUAACAGAAACCAAGCUUUGAAGAGGACGCAUUCCUUACAAGCAUCAUUGAAAAGAGACCCAAAGAAGCAGAAACACUUCCUCGAGUUCAUGGCAGGGAUUUUCGAAAACAGCUAUGCUGAGCCAGCUCCUCCGUUACAGCCUAAAGAAGAAUGCUGGUACCUGCCCAUUUUCGGCGUGUAUAAUGCUAAGAAAAAAGACCAAAUUCGAGUAGUUUUUGAUUCAGCUGCACAAUACCAAGGGGCUUCAUUGAACUCAGUACUUAUUCAAGGACCAAAUCUGAUGAAUAGCCUUUUGGGAGUUUUAAUGAGAUUUAGACGACACCCUGUUGCAGUUACUGCUGAUAUACGCCAGAUGUUCUUCCAAUUCCGCGUGCAUGAGACGCACAGAAACUACCUGCGCUUCAUAUGGUUUAAAGACAACGAUCCGGACCAAGAACUGGUAGAGUACCGAAUGUGCUCACACGUCUUUGGCAAUUCACCUUCCCCGGCUAUAGCAGCGUAUGGCUUGAAAAAGACUGCAAUAGAGAUGGAACCUGUUUAUGGUACAGACGUAAGAGAAUUCGUGGAGAGAGACUUUUAUGUAGAUGACGGGCUAUCCUCUUUUCCUGAUGCUACAACAGCUGUAGACCUGGUAACACGGACUCAAAGGGCUCUUCAAGAGGGAGGCAAUCUCCGUCUGCAUAAGAUUGCUUUCAAACAACAAAGAUGUGAUGAAAGCAUUUCCAAAGGCUGA